UCGACUCGGCGUAACCUUUACGUGGUGGCGGCGGUGGUGGUGAUGAUGAUGAGGAUAGCCUGUGUUUGCUAGCUGGUAGCUCCACCGCACACACGCACCUAAUCAGCUUUGCCCGGAACGUUAAGGUGUCUGAAGCGGUCUGGCUAGCGAGUCCUCGGCCGUGGACAGCGGGGACACUGCGUAACCUUGUCUCUGACCAAAGAGAAGAGACUCGACGGGGUUAACGUUUGACCUUCCGCCGACUUGGUCCUUUUUUUUAAAUGUAUUUUGCGGUGCGCCGUGCUGCAGCCCCGUGUCUGGACAAACAACCGUCAUCGUGACUUAUAGAGACCGUGUCACGGACUGUCGUGGACUGGUUGGGUUAUAAGUGGACUGACAUCUUUGCACAGUAAAUAACCGUAUUGUUGUCUUGGGACAUAAACUAUCAAAAUGGAUACCUCAAACCUUCCCAAGAUCCGGGAUGAGGAGCGAGAAAGCGAGUUCGGAUAUGUACACGGAGUUUCUGGACCAGUGGUGACGGCCACCGCGAUGGCGGGAGCGGCCAUGUACGAGCUGGUUCGCGUGGGACACAGCGAGCUGGUGGGAGAAAUCAUCCGUUUAGAGGGGGACAUGGCGACCAUCCAGGUCUACGAGGAGACUUCCGGUGUGUCCGUCGGUGACCCUGUUCUCCGGACGGGAAAGCCCCUCUCUGUGGAGCUCGGGCCGGGAAUCAUGGGCUCCAUCUUUGACGGCAUCCAGCGUCCGCUUAAGGACAUCAAUGACCUCACUCAAAGUAUCUAUAUCCCAAGGGGAGUGAACAUCGGGGCUCUUAACAGAGACCUGAAAUGGGAAUUCAAUCCCGGGCAGAGUCUUAGGGUCGGCAGUCACGUGACCGGCGGCGAUAUCUACGGCAUGGUGUUCGAAAACUCUCUCAUAAAGCACAAGCUGAUGCUUCCACCGCGCAACAGAGGCACCAUCACCUACCUGGCCCCACCGGGAAACUAUGACAUUUCCGACGUCGUUCUGGAGCUCGAGUUUGAAAGCGUGAAGGAGAAGUUCACCAUGAUGCAAGUCUGGCCGGUACGACAAAUUCGCCCAGUUACUGAGAAGCUUCCUGCUAAUCAUCCGCUGCUGACGGGCCAGAGAGUCCUGGACGCACUUUUCCCAUGCGUGCAGGGCGGCACCACUGCCAUACCCGGCGCCUUUGGCUGCGGGAAGACGGUCAUCUCGCAGUCGCUGUCCAAGUAUUCCAACAGUGACGUCAUUGUCUACGUGGGCUGCGGAGAGCGUGGAAAUGAAAUGUCUGAAGUGCUGCGGGACUUCCCCGAGCUUACUAUGGAGGUCGAUGGAAAGACAGAGAGCAUCAUGAAGAGAACCGCGCUGGUUGCAAAUACAUCCAACAUGCCUGUGGCUGCCAGAGAGGCCUCCAUCUACACAGGGAUCACACUGUCGGAAUACUUCAGAGACAUGGGCUAUCAUGUGAGCAUGAUGGCCGACUCAACGUCUCGAUGGGCCGAAGCUCUGAGAGAAAUCUCUGGAAGAUUAGCCGAAAUGCCCGCCGGUAAGUUCACAAAGGAUGCACACCGAUUUGAUGCAUUUGUAUGGGGACAGCGCAAGACUGAGUCUGUGUGUGUGUGCGUGUGCGUGUGUGUAGACAGCGGGUAUCCUGCCUACCUGGGUGCCAGGCUCGCCUCCUUCUAUGAGCGCGCCGGACGUGUGAAGUGCCUGGGAAAUCCAGAGAGGGAAGGCAGCGUCAGCAUCGUGGGAGCUGUGUCACCCCCUGGUGGAGAUUUCUCAGACCCAGUCACCUCAGCCACAUUAGGCAUUGUUCAGGUGUUCUGGGGAUUGGACAAGAAGCUGGCUCAAAGAAAGCACUUCCCUUCAGUAAACUGGCUGAUCAGCUACAGCAAGUACACACGGGCUCUGGAUGAAUAUUAUGACAAACAUUUCCCUGAGUUUGUUCCUCUGCGCACAAAAGCCAAAGAGAUUCUGCAGGAGGAGGAGGACCUGGCUGAGAUUGUGCAGCUUGUAGGAAAGGCGUCUCUGGCCGAGACCGAUAAGAUCACUCUGGAAGUUGCAAAGCUCAUUAAGGAUGACUUCCUGCAGCAGAACGGUUACACCCCCUACGACAGGUUCUGCCCCUUCUACAAGACGGUCGGCAUCCUCUCAAACAUGAUCUCUUUUUACGACAUGGCUCGACACGCCGUGGAGUCCACGUCACAGAGCGACAACAAAAUCACCUGGGCGAUGAUCAAGGAGCACAUGGGAGAGAUCCUGUACAAAAUCAGCUCCAUGAAGUUCAAGGACCCCGUUAAGGACGGCGAAGUGAAGAUCAAAGCAGAAUUCGCCCAGCUGCUGGAGGACAUGCAGAACGCCUUCAGGACCCUGGAGGAGUGAGCCGCCGCCUCCUCUCCCGAGUAUCCAUGACCCCCCAGUGCAACGUAGUGCGGAUUGAAUGGGCCGUGUUCUUAAUGUCUGCCUCAGUCAUGUCACCUCCUUUUUAAAAAUAAUUUUAUUCCUUGUUGUUUACGUCCCCUAAGAAAACAUUCCUGGCACAAUUUUUCGUUUUUGUUGGUUUUGGACUACAAAAACGCAGUACUUGAAGACGCGCGAGACUGCGGUUAGCGGCGUGCAUGUAGCGACGCGAUGUGUUUAAAAUCAGGGGCCCCCCCCCAUCAGGUGUUUACUUGCGCUCAAACAAUGCCUGCUUCAAAGAGUGGACAGGGAUACUUCUUUUUCCCCCAGAUGUGAGUGAUUAAUAAAUAUAUAUAUAUAUAUAUAUAUAUAUAAUGGUAUAAAUCACACACAAAGGUAAAGGGACAGAUGCACUGCGUAUCGGGGGGGGAGUUAAAGGCAUUCUUCCACCUCUUAAGUGUGAUAUCAAUGUUGUGGACAAGAUACUUUUAUUUGCAAAGGUGUGAAUGAAUGAGUCUGUUAGAUUUUUUUGUGUCAGAUGUCUCUAUUAUAUUUGUGAUUCUUUGGUGUCUCCUGAAAUAAAUGUUCAAAAACAAACAACUGAA